AGCGAGGUCUCCAUGCCCGCCCUCUCCUCCACCAUGAAGGAGGGAAAGAUCGUCCAGUGGACCAAGUCCGUCGGCGACAAGAUCGAGGCCGGUGACAUCAUCAUGGUGGUGGAAUCGGACAAGGCAGACAUGGACGUUGAGGCGUUUGAGGAGGGAUACUUGGCCAAGAUUCUCGUUUCUGAUGGACAGUCAGCAGCCGUUGGCUCCCCUGUUGCCAUCAUCGUCCAGGACAAGUGUUUUCAAGUCUCACCCUCUUCCUGCAGGGACGACAUCGGCAAGGUCUCUGCUGCUGACGCUCCCGCUGCCAGCGCUCCAGCUGCCCCUGCCGCGGCUGCUGCCCCAGCUGCUGCUCCAGCUGCUGCUGCAGUUCCCGUCGCCGCACCUGCUCCUGCUGCUGCUGCCAGCAGAGCUGCUGGAGAUCGUGUCGUUGCCUCCCCACUUGCUAAGUCUCUUGCGGCUGAGCGCGGCAUCAACCUCGCCGACAUCGUGGGCACAGGACCCGGAGGACGCAUCACGUCCAUGGACGUUGAGAACUUCAAGGGAGGAUCCAAGAAGAAGGAGGACAAGGCCAGCGCUCCCAGCGGCCCCACCAUCGACAGGACAGGAGGAGGAGUCAUUCCUCCAGGCGCCAUCAUCGCCAGCCCGCAAGCCAAGAAGGCAGCCAAGCAGAGCGGUUUCGACCUCAAGAAGCUCGCGGGUAAGGGCACCGGCCCCUUCGGUCGCAUCACCGAGGAGGACGUCCUGCUCGCGGCCGGCAAGGCCCCAGCUGCCCCUCCUGCUGCUCCUGUCAAGUCCUCCCGCAAGGUCCCUGAGCUCCCCGACGGGCCUGUCGCCAUGACGGGCAUGCAAGUAGCGGUGGCGAACAACAUGGACGCUACUCUCAACGUCCCCAUCUUCCGCGUGUCGAGGAGCAUCACGACCGACAAGUUCGACGAGCUCUACGCGGCCCUCAAGCCCAAGGGCGUCACCGUCUCUGCCCUCCUCUCCCUCGCCGUCGCCCGCGUGCUCGAGAAGCAUCCCAUCAUGAACGCGCGCUACGACGCCGCGAGCAAGUCCAUCGUCUACCGCAAGGACAUCAACAUCGCCAACGCCGUCGCCAUCGACGGAGGGCUCAUCACCCCCGUGCUCAAGAACGCCAACAUGAUGGACAUCGAGACGCUGAGCGGGCAGUGGAAGGAGCUGGUGGGCAAGGCCAAGUCAGGCAAGCUGAGACCCGACGAGUUCCAGUCCGGCACCUUCACCAUCUCCAACCUCGGCAUGUUCGGCGUGAGCCAGUUUGGCGCCAUCCUUCCUCCGGGCCAGGGAACCAUCCUUGCUGUCGGAGGAGCGAAGGAGGUUGUGGUGAUGAAGAAUGGCGCGCCGAGCAGCGUCAAGCAGAUGGAGGUGACAGUCACGUGCGAUCAUCGGCACAUCUACGGAGCCGACGCUGCUCUCUUCCUCAAGAGCCUCGCGGAGAUGCUCGAAGAGCACCCGCUCGACAUCAUCCUGUAAGCUCCUCGCGUGCGUGCGGAAUAAACGAAAGAUGCACCUG